AUGUCCGACCCCUUCUCAGUUGCCGGCAGCGCUGUCGGGGUCAUUUCUCUCGGUCUACAGGUUUGCAGUACGAUCGUCAACUAUACGCAAGCCGUGCGGGGCCAGAACGAUAACAUUCAACGCCUUGCGACCAAAGCGGAGGAUAUUCGAUCGUCGCUGAAGAAUCUACGCGAUCUGAUCGAAGACACGAGGGAUGAUUCUCCUGGUUUUGCCAGUGACCUUGAGUCAAAGGCGCUUGUUCUCGAGGCGCAGGUGAAGAAGCUGGAUUCCAAAGUCGAACAGUACAAGCCCCUUGCAAGUGAGAGUUUGCACGGCAAGGUUCGAUCUACGUUUAAAAAGGCAAUCUAUCCCCUGAAAAAAGAGGCCGUCUUUGAAAUAGGGAGUUGUCUGGAUGAAAUACAAGCGACUGUACGAACGGCAUUGGCCAUAUUUACGGCGCGAAAUGUCCACAAAUUUAGGUUGAAACAGGAUACCGUCGUUAUUAAACAAGAUCAAAUUCUCGAGGGAGUGAAAACGCUUCAGCUUUGCCUCACAAAUUCCUCCCCUCGAACUGUCCUCCAACAACCACCAUCCCUCAUCAAGGAAGUGUGUGAUCAUCUUAGUGACGAGAGCUGGUUAGCAUCACCUCCCCAAUCCCAAGGGAAUUACAAGGCCAAACAGGCGAAAAGACGCUUUACCUACUACAAUAGGUGGCUAGGGCUCUUGGUCACUGGGACUUUCUCUCUUCCAGCUGGAUCUGGUGGAUCUUCGAUUGCGCCGUUUUUGAGAUAUUCCACUGUCGUCGGAGGCAAUAGUUGGCUAGGGAAUUUAUGUACCCAUGAAUACUCAAACAAGGGUUAUAGCAACACGCGCUACGGGUGGCAAGACGUCGACUAUUUCAUUCAGCAAGUCCAAUAUGCAUUCUCGAGAGGAGAUGCUGCUCCUAACGAUUUACUGGCUUAUCCUGAAUUUUCCAGCUUCUCAAAGGGGCCUAUUUCAAUACUAGCUCUCCCUUUUUUCAUGGAGAUCCCUGUGUGCAAAAACUCCCAAAAUGUCAUUAAAUUCAUCAAAUCCAUGUUUCACUACGGCUCCACCUUCGAUUAUUACUCGUCUUGCUGCGUACUUCAAAUAUUAUGCAGUGAAUAUAUUUUGACCGAAGCGGCACUGAUGCUGAUCCCGCGCAUAGUGGAAAGAGCAGGUCCUAUAGACUGGCCACCACUCUCGUGGAUUGAAAAGAAAAACAUGCAAGAGAUUUUGCGAAGGGACGAAGAUUCCAUUGACCUUCCAGCUGCGUAUAUAGCAGUUCUUCGGGAGUCAUACGGAGACUUACAGGAUAUUGUCAAAUCGAACAAAGGAUCACUAGACCGCAUUAUAUUUGGAAUCGCGGUUCCUUUGCUUCAAUUGGCGAUGGGCUGGCCUGCGGGGGUGGAACUGCUACUGGAGAAAUCAUCAAGCUCAGAACUACCAGGCGAUUAUCAUCACGGAUGGAUGGGAAUAAUCACCGACGAAGAUAGCGAAAUGGGUCAAUAUGCCGAAUCAUGCAAUGUUCUAUUUGAGGCAGAAUACACCUUUUCAAUCACCCAUACACUUCGCACCGGAUCAAGCAAAUUGAAAAUCCUCUUUCUUGGUGAAAUUGCCAAACGACGAAAAAAGCUAUUAGAGAUCGCAAAAGCACAUAUUUGCCCUUCUCGGCUUUCUGAGAUCAGGAAAGGAGAAACCGGUCUUCCCGAUACUAAUGCCUAUCGACUCUGCGCUGCAUUGAUGGCGAAAGGAAUUAAAGUCGACCGUUUUCUGAGGCCGAUCGAGGGCGAAUCCGUAUACUCCAAUUUGGCAAGCGAGGAUUUCAUGCCCUUGGGGAAAAGUCCCGAAUACUCCAAAUCUCAGAACGAAUCUUUCCAUAUCUUGAAGAAGGCACACGAGUUUGGAUUUACCGACGUGGAUCAACAACUUCCAUGCGGCAAUACACUACUAUCGAUCCACUGCUCUUCCACUCCAUUACCCAAGUACCAUUUAGAUUUAAUUGCUUGGCUUAUUUCCAAAGGCGCGGAUCCUUUACAAGCCUUAAUUCCUAGAUCAACUACGACAUUGACUCAUCUAAUAAGUGCUAACAUGGGCCAACAUAUAUAUAUCGACUUUCUUUGGGCAAAUGAUCCUGACCCGACCCCUUUCCACCAAGUUGAGGAUCGAGCCCCUCUCCACCAAAUUGUGAACAAUUUACUCUCCGUAAGAGUCACAGAUGCCUGUUCCUGUCCGUGUUCUGUUAGUGGAUGUACUGCAUUGUCCGUAGCUAUCCGGCGUGUGAUUGGUUCAUUCGACUAUCGGGCACCUUAUCGGGCACCCGAAGAUAUCGCUGAAAAGGCCGCAGCUUUUCGCAAAUUUCUUCAACACCUCAUCGAAUACAACCGGUCAGAUUCCCAGCCGUGCCGUUCAAUUAUCAGAAGUCUUACUUUCGACGGGCUAGGGCUCGCCCACAGCUGCUGCACCGAAAUCGACGAUCAUUGGAAUUUUCGGCUACGUGUCAGAGACCAAUGCGACCGUUUUGAAAUUAUGGAGGAGCAAAGAGAUCAAUUCAAACCCUUUGAGAGUCUUGUGGCUGAAUUUGAAUAUCAAUUUGAAACCUAUGGGCUUCCGUUGAUGGAUUUCCUGCAGGAGGUUUGGUAUGAACGAAUGAUAAGAUAUAUUUCACAUCGCGACCCGUUCGACGCAGAGCAUCACCAGGAACUGAGAAAGUUUAACGUUAUUCUGGAGAUGGAUGACGUUGAGAUACCUCUUGUUGUGCAACUCAUUUGUAACCAUAAAAGGGUGAUUGAGGACGACUCUGAUGACUCUCGAUCUGGCCGCUCAUCUUCGCCCUAA